AUGGAGGUGGAGGAGAGGAGGAGAAGACUCCCGAGUGGAGACGAUAUCCAGGAGGAGGAGGAGGAGCGUGAAGGCACGCGCAGCGCCGCGGGAGGCCCGCACAGGUCAGCGCUCGCCACCAGUCUCCUCAGCAGCAGGAGGUUCAGAGGUCACCUCGCGGACGGGGGGCGGAGCCUGCUGGCGUUCGUGUGCGGGCUGCUGUUGGCGUCUCUGUACGGCCUCACGUCUCUGCUGCUGAACCAGCCCCUCUGGUUCUGCCUGCACUCCACGCUGGUCCUCGCCGGCCUGGCGGCGUUCUCCAUGGGCCUGUCGGCCGCCGGGAGGGCCAGGGUCGCCCUGAUGCUGCCGUCGCUCUGCUCGGGUCGGGGCAGAAGCUUCGUCCUCCUCCUCUUCGUCACCACGCUGACGUCCGGGCCGCUCGCCAACACGCUGGAAAACGCCGAGCGAGCCGCGUCCAGCCUGCUGUGUGGCGCCGAGCUGGCGGCCAACCAGACGCAGGAGCUGAUCCAGCGGUCGGCCACGCCCCUUUUCACGGCGUUGGACCAGAUCAGAGCCAUCAGCCGCAACGCGUACGCCGUGGCCGGACGAGUCCAGGACCUGGUCCAGAGCAUGAUGGACAGCGUCCGUCACGUGGCCCGGACUCUGCGGAACGUCCUCCGCUUCCUGGUGGACAUCGGGGACGUGUGCAACGACGUCCUGGGCUCCCCGUACAGGAAGUGCCGGGCGGUUUUCAGCGACGCCCGCAGCGACUGCGCCGACCUGCUGGGAGACUUCGACUUCCUGUGCGGCGUCGUGGACGCCUUCCUGCCGCUGUGCGGCGUCGCCCGCGCCGGCGAGCUCUUCUGUGUCAUCCCCGCCUACAUCGCCACCCAUCUGAGGGAGCGCCUGGCAGCCCCCGCCGUCGCGGCCUUCCAGAAGCUGAAGCGGGAGUUCGACUUCAACCUGACGGCGUCGGUGAGCUUCGACGUGGACGCCAACCGCAGCCGCUCCCUGCAGCAGGCGAGCCAGGACAUCGUGGAGGAGCUGUCCUCCGACCUGCGAGCGCUCCGGAGUCUGGGCGACCCGCUGAAGUACGUCAGCUUCGUCCUGCUCGCCGUGGCCUUCAUGAGAGCUGCGCAGUACAGACACUCGUAUCUCGGGAAGCUCGACUUCGAUAACAUUUACAUCAGCGCUCAGUUCAAGGAGUUGGACGAGCAGGAGAAGUCGAGGGGCGGAGCUUCAGUCCUGCCGCUGACGCGCAAGGAAGCCACGACCUACAUCACACCAAUGAGGCUCGGCCUGACGGCCGGUGAGCGGCGGUCCAUCUUCAAGGGCGCGGCCCAGGUCCUGAGACACCUGGUGGGCGGCGUCCUGCUGGUGGCGCUGGACUUCCUGCUCUUCUGGGCUCUGGACCAGGUGCACCACCAGCUGACGGGGGACGUCGUGGCCAGAGCUCCGGUCACGGUGGGGGUCCAGGUGAACGGCUCGGGUUACGCCUCGGACGUCUUCAGGGACCUGGUGGCCUCGUUCGACGUCCUGCAGCAGGGAAACAUCACAGUGAUCAGCAGCAGGUGUCUGCUGGAGCCGUCACAGCCCGACUGGAACACCUGCUUCGCCCUGGGACUCCUGCUUGGUGUGGCUCUGCUCUUCUCUGUGGUCGGAGGAUUCAUGCAGCGCUGCAGACGAAUCGUCUGCGCUUCGUUCUACCCAGAGAGGGAGCUGGAGAGGAUCCGGUUCCUCCACCAGAAAAUCCUGGACCAGAGGAGCGCGGCGGGAGGCGUGCUGAGGAGGUCUGCCAUCCAGAACGCAGCUGACCGAGGAGGAGGAGGAGGUCUUCAGGCUCUGCUGACUCGGUUACCCGCAGCAGGAGUCCGCCUGUCCCGCCUGUUGGGGGUCUCGUCCUCUGCUUCCUGUCUGGCGUGCGGCGACGCAGUGAAGCCCGGGGACUCGAACACGGUGACCUGCGACGUCCCGCAGUGUUCCGGUCUGUACUGCCGGCCGUGUUUCCUCUCCGUAGGAAACACGUGCGUUGUCUGCAUGCGACCUCUGACCUUCCAGGAGGACGGCGAGGAAGAGCUGGACUCGUCGGAUGACGAGCAGCUGCAGCUGUGGUCCUCGGCUCUGGACCCGCCUGGCCUGGGCGGCCGGGACAGGACGCUGAUGGAGCGGAGGAUCGCCGUGGCCACGCAGCGCAGCCGCUCGGAGACCAGCGAAGCAGACCUGGAAUACCAGGACCAGCCUGAGUCCAGCGAGUCCGACGAAGAGUCCGACGAAGAGUCCGACGGCGACGCUGCCGACCCGCAGGACGUCCCGCUGAGAACGGUCCUGGCGCACCAACCAGAGUCACCUUAAUCUCAGAAUGUGGUUGUUUGUUUGU